GCCUCCAUGUAACAAGAGAUGCAAAGAAGCCAGCCGAUGUUUUCAUGAGACAUCAAUGCAUAUUACAUUACACGGGCCGCAUUAAAGAGCGACAGACUCGUGGCAUUCAGUCUGACAGACAAAUGAAACCCAGAUGAAAUGGAGACGGAUGUACUGUUAAACACGAGAAACGCUUGACGGCGUGGAUGCUUUUAUCGUCGAAUUAAAGCGGACGUGUGCAACCUCACGUUGGUAAAUAAAUCGACGUCUGGACGAAAACCUCAGUCAGGUCGAGCAUUUUUUUAUUGAUAUAAUUGAGCGAAUGUUGUCAAGUAUUUUAAGACAUGCGCUGUGCACUGUUUUGAUCGGGAAUGUUUGGGUACUUGUUUGUUUCUGAUGAGGUAUAGAGCUUAACACUUUCCAGAUCUUCAGGUUGCUAAUGGAGAUAAUAGGGACCUGACAUGAACUCUAAAGUGCCCUUAGGUGUGACGGACUGAAGACUGUUGUGAAGGCCUCGAGCAAACAGUACAAGCGACUCUUUCGAGCUCUAUUGACUUCCAGCACCACGGACAGCGAGCAUGACGCGGUUACGCAGGAAAGCGUGCGUGGCUCUUCUUCUCUUCACGCUCUUCAUCUUUGGCACUAUGAUGGGCUUGCGAACCCUCAAACCCACUGACGGUUUCUCAGACCUCGCACCAGGCAUCGAGUUAAUGCCUUUGGUUGGAGAGAGAAUUGAGCAGAGACUCGUUCGUGCCGGCGACUCGGCGGGUCAAACCGCUGUUAGCAGUGAUACAAAGAUCGUGUUCUCCAAUUCUGGACCCGACCAUAGCAUUUUCUACGACAUUCACAUCUUCUAUUAUUUAUGGUAUGGCUCGGCACAGAUGGACGGCAGUUAUAUACACUGGGACCACGUACUAGUACCGCACUGGGACCCUAAAAUAGCUGCAAGUCAUCCUAAAGGUCGACACAAUCCCCCGGACGACAUUGCGUCCAGUUAUUACCCUGAACUGGGAGCCUACAGCUCCAGGGAUCCAGAUGUCAUUGAGUCGCACAUGGCACAGAUUGAAGCUGCAGCUGCAGGUGUUGUGGUGCUGUCCUGGUACCCGCCUGGUGUGGCAGAUGAACAUGGCAAAGCCUCAGAAGAUCUAGUGCCUGCUGUGAUGGACGCUGCCCAUAGACACCGUAUCAAGGUUGCGUUUCACCUGCAGCCAUACAAAGGCCGAACGGACCUCAGUGUGCAUGACAACAUCAAAUACAUCAUUGACAAAUAUGGCAAACACGGUGCUUUCUACAGGUUCAGGUCGAGCACCGGGAGGGUCCUUCCCCUCUUUUACGUGUACGACUCGUACCUGACACCACCCGAGUCCUGGGCCGAGCUGCUGACCGCUCGCGGCUCUCACAGCGUCCGAGGAACCCCUUACGAUGGCAUCUUCAUUGCUCUUAUCGUGGAAGAGCGACAUAAGGGUGACAUCCUCUCUGGUGGUUUUGACGGCAUGUACACUUACUUCGCCUCCAACGGUUUCUCAUUCGGAUCUUCGCACCAGAACUGGAAAGCGGUCAAAGCUUUCUGCGACAAGAACAACUUGCUGUUUGUGCCCAGCGCUGGGCCCGGUUACGUGGACACCGCCGUUCGUCCCUGGAACAAUCACAAUACACGCAACAGAGUGAACGGACGAUAUUACGAGACCUCUUUGCAGGCGGCGAUGUCCGUCAGACCUGACAUCAUCACGAUAACGUCAUUUAACGAGUGGCAUGAGGGAACUCAGAUCGAGAGGGCCGUGCCCAAGAAAACUGUGGCCCGUCUGUAUUUGGACUACAAACCCCAUCAACCGGACCAUUACCUGGAGCUCACUAGAAAGUGGGCGGAGCAUUUCAGUAAAGAGAAAGAGCAGUGGCUUAUGUGAUUGGACAUUACGUCUCUGCAUUGUCUUCAUAUUAUACCGUUAUCAAUUACUAUCCAACAAUUCAUUUAGAUGUUAAAGGCAGCUAGUUAACAUUUGAUUAACUGAUACGUUUCUUUUACUGUACAUUUUCUUGCUGACUGAAUGAUGCAGGUAUUUAAAGGCUCGCCCAAAAAUUCUGCAAUUAUUUGUGACCCUGUCUGUGAAAUCAUGUACAAAUGCAGAUGUUUUAGAAAUUAAAAAUGAAUGGGAACUGAUAGUACUUUGCUCCAAAAAUUUGAUAAAAUCUUACCCUCAAAUCAGAAUUAAUGAGUAAAUAACGAGUAAGUAACACAUUAAGAUUAGGCAUUGAAUCUGUGAAUAUCUGUGAAAUUAUGGAGUUUUAUUGUGUGAGUGUGUGUGAUAUUUUAAAAACGUCCCUGUGAUCACUAAUGGUGGAUGUGGUUGGUUGGUUGGUUGGUUGGUUGGUUGGUUUGAAAAAUUGUAGGAUUUAUUAUUUGCCAUUAUGAAAAUGAAAAAUUUUGCAUAUUGUAAUUCACAUUUUCAAUAUAAAAAAAAAACUAAAAUGAAAUUAAAUUGUACUUUAGUAAUGGUUUAUUAGGGCACAAUGUUAAAAUAAAAAAACUAUUUGUGUGAAGCAUCUGUAAAACCAUCCGUUUCAUACACCCUAGUCAAAAUAAAACAAACAAGGAAAAUUAAGUGUGAUUCUGGACCAUAAGUAGCACAGGUGUAUUUGUAGCAAUAGCCACCAAUACAUUCAAAAUUAUAAUCAUUAGGAUAUUGAGUAAAGAUCAUAAAGAUAUUUGAUAGAUUUCCUACCGUAAAUAUAUUUGAAAUGUAUUUAUCAUUAAUCGUGAUAUGUGUUGCUAGGACUUCAUUUGGACAACUUUAAAUGUGAUUUUCUCAAUAUUUAGAUUUUUUUGCAACCUCAGAAUUCAAUAUUUCAAAUAUUGUCUUAUCCUAACAUAUCAUAAAUCAAUGAAAAGCUUAUUUAUUCGACUUUAAGAG